CGCCUGGCGGCUACCCCAUACCGAAGCCACCUCAGGGUACGCGGGCCUGCCUUUGCCCUACUCGCAACUGCAGAGUGCGCUCGCCGUUGCCAGAUUUGCGGCUCAGGCCGUCUCCACGCCUACGACGUAGGCAGCUUGCAUCCCUGUCUAGACCUGCGUGAACCCCUGGUUCGGUUGGACAGCAUUCUCGUCCGUGUCGGCUGCGGUUACGACCGUCCGAGUAACGAGGCCCCCUGCUAGAGAUCACUGUGCUCCAUAAAUCUCACAGGGUGCAGCUAUUCUCGAUGACGGACUACCAGGAACAGCAACAGCCAGCAGCUGUCGCUGAAGUGCAUCUCUGCCCCCAGGGUGAUGCUGCUGGUGUUCCUCCUUCCCCAACACCUUUACCAGCCAUUGCAACAGCCCACCAGGCCCUCGAAGUCAAAACCCCAGACGCCUCCUCCGACGUUGCCAACCAGCUACCACCCUUAGCAGGACCAUCCGGAGACCAUACAUUUUCGGCCAUUGGCGAGACGACUUCUGAAGUGUGGUCGGCGGAUCAGUACAUCCCAACAGACUCCGACUUGGCUGCAGCACUUGCUCAGACACCGGUCACCGAACCAGCACAGCUGGCGCAAGCUCCUCUGAAGAGCGAGCUCGAUGUGCUGUCCCCAAGCUCAGCACUGCCUGGCGGGGAGGUAACGCAACUCCUGGGAGUUCUCGAGCAGGGAACGAGCGAGAACGAUCACGCGCCGCUCUCAACUGUUGGCGGCACUGCUUUCGAUGACGGCUUGAACCACAUCCCCACAAAGACGCCCGAGGCACCGACGAUUACAUUGUCAGACAACAAAACCACGCUCGAUCACGAUAGGACGUCGGUACCGGUCACGCCAAGGAUAGACCCCUCGGUCACCACGCAGGUCGACUUGGCCAGCGAGGUCCAUCAGAUCAACGGUGUCGACUCGUCAGCUUCCUCACCUGCCGAGAUGGCGGGCUACCACCAUCCUUCAGGUGAUCAGCGUUCAUCGGUGCCCUAUUCUGCUUCGCCUCAACAUGGGUCACCAGGCAUACAUCCCUCGAACUACGGAUUUCAAUCCAACGUCAACCCAUCAAAUCAUGGCUACCCACCACUUUCAAAUCCCGCUCGAUCCGGCGGCAUGUCACUGCCAAGCAUGCGGACUUUCGAAUCUGGGACGCAGCAUGUACAGUCUUCACAGCCACAACCCCAGCGCACGCCAGCGAUGACUAUGCCGUCACUCGGAGGAACACUUGCGGGUGGAAGCAUAGGAUACACCCCACAGCCGCCACCGCUCGGCAGUACUGGUCCGUAUGGACUGCAUCAAGAUCGAUACUCGCUACAGGGGGAUGCUCAUAGCAUGUUUGCGGCGAAUCGACAUAAAAAGGAAAUCAAAAGGCGGACGAAGACAGGCUGUCUGACCUGUCGGAAACGUCGUAUAAAGUGCGACGAGACCCAUCCGACCUGCAAGAACUGCCAGAAGUCAAAGCGUGAAUGCCUCGGCUACGAUCCAAUUUUCAAGCAGCAGCAGCAGCACCCGCCCACAAACAUCCAGCCGGCGCCCAAUCACCCCGCAGGCAGCUCGUCGUCCACGGCUACCCACAAUCUCUCAACACCGUCAGCCUCGGCCUCUGCAGCAACAACGCCGUACUUGCACUAUUCCUCCUCCCAAUCGGCCGUUAGCCACAGCGGCAUACCAGCUGGCGGGUUUGGUCCCACCUCGUCGUCUCAUCACAGCUCCACGGCUCCCGCUUUUGCCAACAUACUCACCUUCCCCACACGCAAGAUGAGAGUCGAUGAGCUCAUAAACAUUGAGGGCCUCGCUCCUCCGGCGCUCGACGGGCCUUUGACCGCGGAGCAGGUCGAUGAAUGCAGAGACCUGUAUGAGCAGGUAUAUGCUCCAGGACUCGAGUCUUUCUUUGAGGCAAAGUGGUACAUCAUGCCACCCGGCUAUGAGGCUCUGGCAAACGACUCCGCUGUGAACGAAGUCAUGAUUGGAUUCUUAAACACCGUUCGCAACCUUGACCCACACGAUAGCAAUGGCAUGCAAUACUCGGCCAGCCUCGAGUUCCGUGUCGUUUGGGAUCUUGCGCGCCUCGUUACUCGCGUGGACUCUGAGCCACACCCUGGAGCCGAUCUGCCAGCCAUCGACGAUGCGCACGAAAUCAAGAAUCGUGUCAACAUCUUGGAGGUCUUACUCUCGGGAGAGUUCCUCGACCAGAACCCCCUCCGGAUGCCACCAUCUGACGGCGACUACCACAGAAUCCGUGAAUUCAGGUUCUGGUAUUAUCUUGGCGAGUUUCUUCGCAUCAAGAAACCAGAGACUCCAAACAUGUCGGCACAGAAAUCCCACGCGCUGAGUAUGCUGCGCGAACUACUAGAUGGCAGGGAAAACCGUGACGUCCUGUACUCGCUGGUCGUCAUUCGCGACCUCGCUCCUAAGUUUCCUGCCGACUUCGAGAACAGCCUGCCCCCUCAUCUUGACGAGAGCGAUCCCAAGUCCAAACUGGCAGUCGCCCGGAAAUUCAUACAAGAUGAGUCGCAAGUGUCUGGAGGCACCACCAACGUGGUCCGCCGGAUCGCAGAGCUUGGCGUGAGAGCAUUCAUAUUACCUGGAGGCAAUAUUCCCAGGUAACCUGCCACGGAUAGGGACGCCUCCGCGUGCUGCUCCGAACGUACGCCUGCGUACCUGCGAAGUGUGCGCCACCAAUAGUGCAAUAACGGCACAAGCCGAGAGGCAUUGCUGGCCUUCCCACAAAAGCACACAUGUCAGCCCGUCAAAGCCAAUAGAGGCGCGACGGUUGAAUUCUACUGAACUUUGAUGGCCAGCGACUGGAGUUAAUUUUUGAGACGGCGAACCAG